AUGUCUAUUAGUUCUACAUACUAUCCAUCUGAACCAACCAAGCCUUCUGUAGUCACGGCUACUGUUCCUGGUCCAAGGGGUCAUGAAGCUUUAAAACAAUUAUCCAACACUUUCGAUACUAGACCUGCUUAUUUUGUUGCUGACUAUGACAAGUCCUGCGGUAACUAUAUUGUCGAUGUCGACGGCAACACCUUUCUAGAUCUAUAUGCCCAAAUCGCUUCUAUCGCCCUAGGCUAUAACAAUCCAAAAUUAAUCCAAACCCUAACCACAAAUGAAAUGAAAAAUGCUCUUGUCAACAGAGCUGCUAUCGGUAACUUCCCUUCUAAAGAACUAAAUGCUGUUCUAACUAAACUUUUGAAAGUAGCUCCAAAGGGCCAGACCCAUGUGUGGAGUGGUCUUUCUGGUGCUGAUGCCAAUGAACUGGCUUUUAAAGCCGCAUUCAUGUAUUACAUGCAAAAGAAGCGUGGCGGUAGAGAUGUCCCAUUCACUGAAGAAGAAUUGACUUCUGUCAUGGAAAACAAGACUCCAGGAUCUCCAAAAUUGGCUGUUCUUUCCUUUAAAAAAGCUUUCCAUGGCAGAUUAUUCGGUAGCGGUUCCUGUACUUGUUCUAAGCCUGUCCAUAAACUAGAUUUCCCAACUUUUGACUGGCCACAUGCCGAAUACCCGUACUAUCAAUAUCCAUUGGAAAAAUACGAAGAAGCUAACCGAAAGGAGGAUGACAGAUGUUUGAAGAUCGUCCAAGACUUAAUCACUAGCUGGCACAUACCAGUCGCUGCCCUUUUAAUCGAACCAAUCCAAUCUGAAGGUGGUGAUAACCACGCCUCCAAAUAUUUCUUACAAAAAUUAAGAGAUAUCACCUUGAAACAUGAUGUUGUUUACAUUAUUGAUGAGGUCCAAACUGGUGUCGGUGCUACUGGUAAAAUGUGGUGUCAUGAAUAUGCAGAUAUCCAACCACCUGUUGAUUUGGUGACAUUCUCCAAGAAAUUUCAAAGUGCCGGUUACUUCUUCCACAACUUAGAUUUUAUCCCAAACCAACCAUAUAGACAAUUCAACACCUGGUGUGGCGACCCAGCCAGAAUGAUCAUUGCUGGUGCCAUCGGCCAAGAAAUCUUGGACCAUGACUUGUUAUCUCUGGUUAAUAAGACUGGCGAUUAUCUUUUCAGCAAAUUGGAAGAUUUACAGGCUAAAUACCCACAAUACUUUGAUAGACUAAGAGGUAAAGGUAGAGGGACUUUCAUUGCUUGGGAUUUACCAACUUCAGAUUUAAGAAAUUCUUUGCUACAAAAGUUAAGAUUGAAUGGUUGUAAUGUUGGUGGUUGUGCUGAAAGAUCUGUUAGAUUAAGACCAACCUUAACUUUUGAACCAAAACAUGCUGAUAUUUUUGUCGAACUUUUAGAAAAAAGUGUUCAAGAAUUAUGA